GCCGCUGCUGCGCGUGCUCCAUUCUGUCACUGCUGGCACCCAGACAGCUGCAAGCUCGUGGCAAUGCAUCUUUCGAACGAGAGGGAGGGAGAACAGCAGCAGUCGUCUGGGCACUCAGCAAACUAUCGCAGUUGUCUGGGUGACAGCUACCUCGGCUCGACAGUUUAUGAGCGAGUAAAGAAUGAGAAGAGAGUGGACAGCGCAGGAGACUCACCCUAAAAAAACUUUGACAUGAAGAAGGAUAUUGAGACGCUGAUAGCAGAGGAACGGGCUGACAUCAUCUCCAAGUAUGACAAGGGCAGGCAGGAGGGUGUCCACAUCGACCCCUGGGAGGAUACUGACUACAGCAUCUAUAAGGUCACAGACCGCCACGGCUUCCUGCACGAAGAGGAGCUGCCCACUCCGAGUGCAAUUGAAGAGAAGCAAAAGCAUCACGAGAUAGAGCGGGUGGAGAAAUGGCUGAAGAUGGUCAAGAAGUGGGACAAGUACAGGAACAGCGACAAGAUGGUGAAGCGUGUGUACAAGGGAAUCCCCCUCCAGUUGAGAGGCCAGGCCUGGGCUCUGCUACUGGACAUAGAGAAGGUGAAGCAGGAGAACUCUGGAAAGUAUGAGACUAUGAAGGAGCAGGCCAGGAGUUUCUCUACAGAGAUCAAACAGAUUGAUCUGGAUGUCAACAGAACCUUCCGGAACAACAUCAUGUUCAUGGAACGCUUUGGAGUCAAGCAGCAGGCCCUGUUCCAUGUGCUAGCGGCCUACUCCGUAUACAAUACGGAGGUGAGCUACUGCCAGGGGAUGAGUCAGAUCGCCGCCAUCCUGCUCAUGUACCUGAACGAGGAGGACGCCUUCUGGGCCUUGUCCCAGCUCCUCACAAACAACAACCACACCAUGCAUGGAUUCUUCAUCCCUGGGUUCCCCAAGCUGCAGCGCUACCAGGCCCACCACGAGCAGAUCCUGUCCAAGCUCCUCCCCAAGCUAAAGAAACACCUGGACAGAGAGCAGAUGUCCAACGGAAUAUACACCACUAAAUGGUUCCUGCAGUGCUUCAUAGAUAGGACCCCGUUCACCCUGACCCUGCGCUUGUGGGACAUCUACAUCCUAGAGGGAGAGAGGAUACUCACAGCCAUGGCCUACACCACCCUCAAAAUACACAAGAAGCGCUUGCUGAAGCUUCCUCUGGAGGACCUGAGGGAGUUCCUCCAGGAGCACCUGUCUAGCUCAUUCUUCCUACCCGACGACGUGGUGGUGGAGCAGCUGCAGGCGUCCAUGGCCGAGCUCCGUAAGAUGAAGCUGGACCUCCCACCAUCAGCCAAGUCAGAGGAGCUGCCUAAGAAGCCCCUCGGUGAGGAGCGGCCUGUUCUCCUGAUGCCCUUCCAGCGUGAUCUAGCCCUCCCUCUGGACCAGCCCAAGACCAGUCUCCAGCCCCCGCUCCAGCUCCAGCUCCAGCCCCACAUAGAGGCCCACAGGCCGGACACCAUCACCCUUGAUCGCUCCUUCUGUCCUGGGGACACCCAGGACACCAGCAGCAUCCCUGGGGCCCACGACCCCCUGCGCCCCAUGCCCUCUCAGGAACCGGUGGUAGUCCACAAUCAGGCUCUGAUGCCAGAAGGGCCUAAAAUGUGUCCAGUCACCCCACCCAAGCCUCCGCCGAAGCCACAUAAGGUUGGUUCCACUCCAGGGGUGCGGGGUGUCAGGGAUAGGGUGGAGGAGUGCCCGAGUGACCAUGUCUCAGAGGUGGAGAAAGGAGGAGAAAGGAGUCUGUCUGAGGUUAGGGGUGGUAGAGUGGGGAUGGAGGCCCGAUCUGCAGGUCCAGAGACCCAGGAAGAGCCCGGUUACUGGCCUCCGCCCUACGAGCCCCCUGUUGGGGAUGUUUCCAUCACACAGUCUGGAUCAGGGUCCAAGACACUGGAGUUCCCAGAUCUACCCCCUCCUCCACCCUUUUACUCUAUGGAAGAGAGCGCCCACACACCCCUGGGCCCCGAACCUCUAUGCUUGCAAGACGGGACCAAGGUAGGGCUGAAGUCGGACUCUGUGCCCCCCUGCUCGGCUCUUUCACUAGAGGUAGAACCCCUACCGAAGCCUAAGGGUCCGCGUCCACCUCCACCCACGUCCCUGGACCUCAUCCUGGAGGAAUCCCCAUCCUCACGGCCCUCUUUUUCACUCGCCUUUCCCAAGCCGUCCCCCCGAAUCACCUUCAAGCCCACUAUGUUCCCCGUGUCACUCUGCGUGCCCCAGGCGGCAGGGGACCGACGGCCCUCAAACACUUCCCAGUACGACAACCUCUCGGAGGCUGACGGCGAGGACUGCUUCAUGGACCGGCUGCUGGAGGUGGCCACUGCCCUGCCGCAGAGCCCCUUGCCAGGCACCAGCCCUCAGGAAACACUGGGGAUGUUCGGCCUACCACCACCACCGUGCAUACCUGAGCUAGAUGAUGACCCCUCAUCCUCCUCUCUUUUCCAUCCCCUACCGCCGCCUCCACCGGUGUUCCUCCUUUCCCUGCCCGACACCUCCUCUCUCACCCUUCUCUCUGCCUCUCCCUCCCCCUCUCCUCUUCCUACCACCUUCCCAGCCCUUCCCUCUCUUCCACAGGAGCCGGACUAUGAAGGACAGGAGGAGAGCUGGGCGGUAGACUCCAUCGUCAUCCCUCCGCCGCCGCCCUGCUUCGCCGAUAGACUGGCUCCUUUCCAGUGUAGCCCUCCUCCUAACCACCACACUGGGCUCCACAGCCCAACGGACACACACAGAGCCACCACUGCCAACCAGAGCCAAAGCUCAAACCAGAACCAGGUCUCCUCCCAGUUACAAAAACUGCCCACGGCCCACAGGCCCCUCCCUGCCCUGCCUGCCUUCACGGCCCAGAUGCUGCUUCCGGGGCCCUCAUCUGGACAGUUGGCAGGAGAGGUCACCUCAGUGCGAUCCAACCCAGACUUUUAUAGAAUGCAUGCUGGAAGCCACCAGCUGCCCAAAUCGGUCACCUUUUAGGGUUUAUAUAGUUUGAAAGAGUUUGAAAGGUAAAGAAUUUGAGACACGUGGCUGUGUGGGAACGAGACAAUGGACUGAAGAGACUGCUGCAAUUACCUACUGUGCUCAUCUAACAUACAAAGCCAUUUUGUAGGAGGGAGAGGGAAAAGCCCUUUGUGUGGUCAGUUGCUGUUUUUGGAGAGAGCAAAUCACUUUUUUCAUAGUUAUGUAUAGAUAUUUUGUGGUGUUUGCACCUUUGUAUUAAGGGCAACAAGUAGUUUUCUAAAUGUUCACCUAAAUUUGAAACCGUAGUCUUGCCUCACAUUUUGGAGGUAUUUUUAAGGUGUGUGUGCAUGUGUCUGGCAAUAUGACCAGUUGGUCUUUUCAUCAUGUAGGAAUCUGUUUCUUUCGGUUCCUUUUUCCUGUAACAGCAGUGUCUUAAGCAUUGAGCAGUUUAACAUCCAAUGAAAACAGGAAUUUCUGUUCAAGAACGUAACUCAAAGGGCUUUCCAAGUUGGCAUACAGUCAUUGUGAAGCACCAAAGGCCUAUAUCCCAUACCAGUACUUAAUUUAUUUGAGCAGGCUCACAGAACUCAAUAAAAUAUAGUUAGACCAUAUGGUUAUUGAACUUAUUUGAAUUUGCUUAUACACUGCUUAAAAACAUUAUUUGUAAACUAUUUAAAUAACAUUUAUACGGCCUGUUAUUCAUGAUUUUGUAAUGAUGAAUAGUUGGCAGUUUAUACUUAAACGUAUGUUACAUACUGAACGUGAGGAAAUGACACAUGAUGAUUUACAAGCCAUUUGUUCAUGGUUACCAAACUAUUUAAAGAUUUUGUAUAAGCAAAAUGUUUAAGCAGACCUUCUUCAAAUGAGGUGCUCUCACUAAUUAACUCUCUCUCGUUGAUAGAGCCAUGGUGCAAUAGUCAUUACUGUAUAUACUGACGCAUGUUUCAUUGAGCAUCAAGGACUUAUAGUCGAGUCCUUUUUAUUUUAUGUUAGAAGCAGUACUGUGUUGGUUUGGAUUUUGCUGGUUUUCUUUGUUUCAUCUUGUGGAUAUCGUUUGCAUUUUCCAAGGCAUUUUAUUGUGUUACUAUUAUUCCAGUUUGUUUUGAUACCUUUCUGUGACAUCACAGCAAUAACGUACUGUACAUAUUUUAUGGAGAAGGGUUAUGCACAGCACCAGUCAAAAGUUAGGACGCACCUACUCACCUACUACUAUUUUCUACAUUGUAGAAUAAUCGUGAAGACAUCAAAUCUAUGAAAUAACACAUGGUAUCAUUUAGUAACCCCCAAAAAAGUGUUAAACAAAUCAUUUUAGAUUCUUCAGAGUAGCCACCCUUUGCCUUGAUGACAGCUUUGCAUUCUCUUUGCAUAUUUCCCACCUUCAUGGGAAAUGCUUUUUCAACAGUCUUGAAGGAUUUCCCACAUAUGCUUAGCAACAGUUGGCUGCUUUUCCUUCACUCUGCGGUCCAACUCAUCCCAACCCAUCUCAAUUGGGUUGAGGUCGGGUGAUUGUGGAGGCCAGGUCAUCCGAUGCAGCACUCCAUCACUCUACUUCUUGGUCAAAUAGCCCUUAGGUUUAGGUGUGUUUUGUAGGUGUGUUUUGGGUCAUUGUCCUGUUGAAAAUCAAAUGAUAGUCCCACUAAGCGCAAACCAGAUGGGAUGGCGUAUCGCUGCAGAAUGCUGUGGUAGCCAUGCUGGUUAAGAGUGCCUUGAAUUCUAAAUAAAUCAGUGUCACCAUCACACCACCUCCUUCAUAUUUCAAGGUGGGAACCACACAUGCAGUCCAAAAAUCUCAAAAUCUCAAAAAUGGACUCAUCAGACCAAAGGACAGAUUUCCACCGGUCUAAUGUCCAUUGCUCUUGUUUCUUGGCCCAAGCCAAUCUCUUCUUAUUACUGGUGUUCUUUAGUAGUGUUUCCUGUGCAGCAAUUCAACCUUGAAGCCCUGAUUCACACAGUCUCCAAGAAACAGACACAUCUCAACAUAAACUAUUCAGAGAACUCUGAAGCAUUUAUUUGGGCUGCAAUUUCUGAGGCUGGUAACUCUAAUGAACUUAUCCUCUGCAGCCGAGGUAACUCUGGGUCUUCCUUUCCUGUGGCGGAAAGGAAGACCCAGAGUUACCAAAAACCCAGAGCCCCAAAACCCUUGAAUGAGUAGGUGUGUCCAAACUUUUGACUGGUACUAUAUGUACAAAGAAGACAGAAGUGUUGUGGGUGAAGCAGAGCCAUGUUCAGUAGGCAAACGGUUCAGAAAGUUGCAGAUAGGAAUGUCUUGAAUACAGCUGACGUGAUUAGUUAUUCUACAUGUCAGAGGCAUAUUUGCUCUACAUAACGAAUUGCUACCUGAACAUUGUGUGAUGUUGUAUCCUGCUGAAUGUGCAACAUGUUUACUUCAUAAACAAACCAUUGAACACAAAAACAAAUGGGAACACAAGAUGGUGUUAUUAGGGAAUCCAAUCAUUCUUUAGCCUACCCAAUACCAUUUAUGAAAGACUGGUUUCACCUAUUGGAGAAAUAGAAACCUUAAAGGCCCAGAGCAGUCAACUUGAUUGACCUAUGUUCUUUAUAUACAUUUCCACACUAUGAGGUUGGAAUAAUACUGUGAAAUUGUGAAAAUUUAAUUUAAAAAAUGCCCUUUUUAGUGUAUGUGCUGAUUGAAAAGGCCGCCUGAAAUUUCAGCCUAUUUUUGGUGGAAUGGAGUUUUAGCCAAACCUUUCUGCCAAAAACAGAUAGUUUUCAGUUUUCCCCUCCCUAAAUCAGAUCACUGCCACACAGUCCAAACAAAAUUGCACUUUGCUAAGAAUCUAUUUUUGUUUCUUUUAUACCAUUUUAUUUUUUGAAAAAUUAUCUCAGUAAGUUACUUAAUUGUUACCCAGAAAUAUGAUAUUGAGAUUUAAAGAAUCCCUGCAUUGGACCUUUAACAGUAUUGACAUACAUUUGUUGUGGGACCCUAUCAACAAUGGAACAAUGGAACAAAAAUAUUGGCUGGAGGGUGUUUCGACAAUUUUUAAACCCAAGAGAAAGGGUGCAAGUGCGCGCUUCAGGAGAAGUGUCGAGAAUCAGGACACAACCGUAGUUGAAGAGCCACAGCCCAUCUAGAAGUGAGGUCAGUGUUGAUUGGUUGACAAAAGAAACCAGCAUUCAGAAGAGAGGUAUUCUUGGAGGAAUGGAAGUUUGAGCCAUAACAUAACAAGGAAAUAUGGGAUCCGUCCCAAAUGGCACCCUAUUCUUUGUAUAGUUUACUACUUCUGACAAAAGUAUGUAGGGAAUUAGGAUGCCAUGUGGGACGCAGUCCUAGUCUACCUUUUAUCUGUUGUUUGCUGAUUUUAUUAAAUUAUAUGAGUGUUAUGGACAUCUGUUUGAAGUUUUUGUGCUCGCACUUCUCCUUUUAUUUUCUCCAGUCUGUUUGGAGUGUGUGCAUUCUUUUGAAAGGCUCCGGCCUGUACAAUGUUCUGGAAAGAGCUACGUCAUUCGGCUUGUUCACAGGGGUUGGUUUGAACUAACACAGAUCUUUUUCAUCAUAAGGAUCUGUUGGUGUCCAGUUUCGAAGUAUAGCUUAUCAAUAUCUUAAUCUGGACAGUGCCUUAAGCUCAGACCAACCUCGUGAACAACAACAUACUUUGACAAAUGUUGUAUAAAAAAAGAAAAAUGUUUGCGUUUUCUUUCUUUCCUCCCACAGAACAGACCAGUGAGUGUAAAAUCGGAGUAUGGUAUAUUUUAUCCACAAUUAACCCUUUAACCCUAUUCUCAACCGGCUGGUAGGGGAUAUUUUGACAGUGAAUUUAGAACUGGGUAUGGAAAAAAAAUCUCAACUUGAACUUGAUUGGUCAACUCUCCUAGCCCUCCCGCAUCAAUUUGUAUCCUUUUGAGUUCUUGCAGUUCAGUGUUUGCCACUGAGGGCUGUAAGAAAAUGCAUGAUCUAGUACCAAAGAUAUUGGAUAAAGACAGGAAUUUGGUGAGGGAUGAAUAUUGCACCAUUUUUGUUAGAGACCUUGAAGAAUAAAAAUAUGUAAAUAAAUUGUCAAAAAAAAAAGUUUUAAAAAAUGUAAUGCACUCAACCAUACAGUGCAUUCAGAAAGUUUUCAGACCCCUUGACUUUUUCUACUUUUUGUUAUGUUACGGCCUUAUCCUAAAAUUGAUUAAAUUGUUUUUUUUCCCCUCAUCAAUCUAAACACAAUACUCCAUAAUGACAAAGCAAAAACAGGUUUUACAUUUUUGCAAAUGUUUUUUUUUUUUUUUACGCAUUUACAAAAGUGUUCAGACCUCUGGCAGCAAUUACUGCUAAAUUCUUCUUUGGUAUGACGCUACAAGCUAGUCAAACCUGUAUUUGGGGAUUUUCUCCCAUUCUUCUCUGCAGAUCCUCUCAAGGUCUGUCAGGUUGGAUGGAGAGUAUCGCUGCACAGCUAUUUUCAGGUCUCUCCAGAGAUGUUCGAGCAGGUUCAAGUCCUCUAGCUGGGUCACUCAAGGACAUUCAGAGACUUGUCCCGAAGCCACCCCUGCAUUGUCUUGGCUGUGUGCUUAGGGUCAUUGUCCUGUUGGAAGGUGAACCUUUGCCCCAGGCUGAGGUCCUGAGCACUCUGGAGCAGGUUUUCAUCAAAGAUCUCUCUGUACUUUGCUCCGUUCAUCUUUCCCUCGAUCCUGACUGGUCUCCCAGUCCCUGCCGCUGAAAAACAUCCCCCCACAGCAUGAUGUUGCUACCACCAAGCUUCACCGUAGGGAUGGUGCCAGGUUUCCUCUAAACGUGACACUUUGCAUUCAGGCCAAAGAGUUCAAUCUUGGUUUCAUCAGACCAGAGAAUCUUGUUUCUCAUGGUCUGAGAGUCUUCAGGUGCCUUUUGGCAAACUCCAAGCGGGCUUUCAUGUGCCUUUUACUGAGGAGUGGCUUCCAUCUGGCCACUCUACCAUAAAGGCCUGAUCGGUGGAGUGCUGCAGGAAUGCUUUUCCUUCUGGAAGGUUUUCCCAUAUCCACAGAGGAACUGGAGUUCUGUCAGAGUGACCAUCGGGUUGUCAGAGUGACUAUUGAGGCCCUUCUCCCCCGAUGCUCAGACUAGGAAGAGUCUUGGUGGUUCCAAACUUCUUCCAUUUAAGAAUGAUGGAGGUAUGAUAGAAAAAUGACAAGAUUGUUGUAAAACUGUUUAUGCAUCGAAUAGCUUUGAUGCGUACUCUCAUCUGUGUCUGUGGGACUGAGUUGGGCCUCUGAGGCUUGACGCUGGCAAUUUAUUUAUGAUGGCUUGGUGAUAGAACCUAAAGCCUGCAUUCUGUUGAAUGACUAGUAUCUGUGUGUUAAGGGGUGCGAAACUGACAAGAUAACCCUGUAAAACAAGCAGUAAAUGACCUAGAGACCGAAACCUGGUGCAAUGUAAAUCUUGCUGUAUGUUGCUUGAUAGCGCAAUGUAUCUUUGUAUAAUUCUAUUCAUCUGUUUGUCAUGAACAUUCAAGAGGAUGUACUUUGUUGUAAAAUACUGUGGUUCAAAUCUGCUCGUUGAGCUCUCGGAAUCAUACUUCAGAGUGUGGGAUCGACCAGCUUCACUAUUGCAAUAAUUAAUCGAUAUUAAAGAAUGAUUGUUUGAAGAAAUAA